AUGACUUCACGAUACGAAAAAGAACAACCUUCGAAUAGCUUGGGCGAGAAGCCUACUGCUGUCGAGGGAGACCAUGUCAUCGGAUCCUCACUCGAUGGAGACAUCCUCGAACUGGACGAGGCAACCAACAAACGUCUCCUACGAAAGAUUGACUGGCGGUUAAUGCCCGUGCUUUGCUUCACCUACGCCCUACAAUACUACGACAAAGCCAUCCUCAGCCAAGCCGCCAUCUUUGGACUCCGAGAUGACCUCAACCUCAACACGGGUCUCAAAUACUCCUGGGUAUCCCUCAUAUUCUACUUUGGAUACAUCGUCGGCACAUAUCCCAUCUCCUUCCUCGCCCAACGUUUUCCGAGCCGAAUAGUCUGCACUGGGAUCUGCAUCGCCUGGUCUUUUGUCAUCCUGUGCACCCCAGCUUGUACCUCCUACGCCGGUCUUCUGGUGAAUCGAUUCUUCCUAGGACUCAUCGAGGCUGGUGUAUCUCCGAUAUUCAUGCUUGUUGUUGGACUGUGGUAUACCCACGCUGAACAAGUUUCUCGGUCCAGUUGGUGGUACUCCUUCAGUGGUGGCUCCCUUCUAGUCUCGCCUCUCAUCAACUAUGGUCUAGGCCACAUCAAAGGUGGUUCUCUCAACUCAUGGCAAUAUAUGUACAUCAUUGCCGGCAUCGCCACCCUUUUCUGGGGUGUUGCCCUGUGGUGGGUAUUCCCAGACAGUCCUCAAAACGCCAAGGGCUUCACCGAAAUGGAACGGCGUCUCCUACUGGAACGUUUCAAGGAAGCCCUUUUCGGCUACCAGCUAUGGGGCAUCAUCAUUCUAUCCAUCGUCUCAUGCACAGGCUCUGGAGCAGUGACGACGUUUGGAACCAUCGUGUUCAAAGACAUGGGCUUCGACGUGUUUACCUCGUUGCUUCUCAACUUGCCCAUUGGCGCCAUGGCUUUCAUCUGCGUUCUCGGAUCGGGCUACAUUGGACAAAAAGUUCCCAACUCGCGUUUGUACGUGGUUGUCGGUGCUUGUGCACCUGUUAUUCUCGGCUGUGCUCUGCUAUGGCAACUGCCUGACACCGCACUCGCCGGGCGAAUUGUGGGAUUCUACCUCAUCAGCUUCUUCUCUUCCGCUUGGGUCCAAUGCAUUGGCCUAGGCACAUCCAACGUCGCUGGCCACACCAAAAAGGCCGCCUACGCCGCUGGAACAUUCAUCGGAUACUCUCUCGGAAACAUCGUGGGACCGUUGAUGUUUGAUGCCAAAUAUGCCCCUCGCUACGAUGAGAGCUUCAUUGGCAUCAUGAUCUGCUUCGCCAUUUGUGUUGGCGUAUCUCUUGGACUUCGUGUGAUGCUCGCACGAGAAAACAGCAGCCGUGACAGGCAAUACGGCCAACCUGAACUGAGCCAUGGCUUGGAAGAUAUGACUGAUAAGGAGAACAAGUCAUUCAGAUAUAAUCUGUGA